GUCUGAAGAACAAGUAUCAGGCUUCUUUGUGGAAAGUGUAUGAUCUGUUGCCCCACUUAACGGCUGCCCGCAUUGUACGGAUGCACAAAAACACGUAUCCAUGUACAGGAGCAUUUAUUAAAUCCCAUCUCCAGGAUCCACUGUCGCUUCAGGCGCCCCUCAUAGCUGCCACAGCUCUGAGCAAGGGACAAAUAAGCGAAGGGUGGGAACUGAAUGUGGUUACCGCCCCUGCUCUUGCAGUUUUCAAACAGGUCCGUCACAUUACUAUAAAACUUGUAAGUGGCGCUGUCGAGAUCACUUCGCUGCGGGUGUGAUAGCUGUGUUUUCGCGAUGUCUGGGCGUGGUAAAGGUGGAAAGGGGCUGGGGAAGGGUGGCGCCAAGCGCCACCGCAAAGUUCUGCGAGAUAACAUCCAGGGCAUCACUAAGCCUGCCAUCCGUCGCUUAGCCCGACGUGGUGGUGUCAAGCGUAUCUCUGGUCUUAUCUACGAGGAGACCCGCGGGGUGUUGAAAGUGUUUUUGGAGAACGUGAUCCGGGACGCUGUCACCUACACCGAGCACGCCAGGCGCAAGACUGUCACCGCCAUGGACGUGGUCUAUGCGCUCAAGCGGCAGGGCCGCACUCUUUACGGCUUUGUGCACGUUCGCUUUGGCCGUUUUGUCAUGGCUCGUACUAAGCAGACCGCUCGGAAGUCCACCGGCGGCAAGGCCCCGCGCAAACAGCUGGCCACCAAGGCGGCCCGCAAGAGCGCACCGGCCACGGGCGGCGUGAAGAAGCCACACCGCUACCGGCCCGGCACGGUGGCCCUGCGCGAGAUCCGCCGCUACCAGAAGUCCACGGAGCUGCUGAUCCGCAAGCUGCCGUUCCAGCGCCUGGUGCGCGAGAUCGCGCAGGACUUCAAGACCGACCUGCGCUUCCAGAGCUCGGCCGUCAUGGCGCUGCAGGAGGCGUGCGAGGCCUACCUGGUGGGGCUCUUCGAGGACACCAACCUGUGUAUCUUGGUAAUCAUGUCUGGACGCGGCAAAGGCGGUAAGGGUCUGGGUAAGGGAGGUGCUAAGCGCCACCGCAAGGUUCUGCGCGACAACAUCCAGGGCAUCACCAAGCCAGCUAUCCGCCGCCUGGCCCGGCGUGGCGGGGUGAAGCGCAUUUCCGGUCUUAUCUACGAAGAGACCCGCGGGGUGCUGAAGGUAUUCCUGGAGAACGUGAUCCGGGACGCCGUCACCUACACCGAGCACGCCAAGCGCAAGACUGUCACCGCCAUGGACGUGGUUUACGCGCUCAAACGCCAGGGACGCACUCUCUACGGCUUCGGCGGCUAA